AUGGGCUCUCGGUUGACGCAACAACCAGUCAGCUGCUCCGCAGCAUCGCAGCUUCUGCGUCGCAGAGCUAGUUGUGCUCUACGCGGGCUACGGAGGCCGGCAGGGGGCGGCGGCGGAGCCCGUUGCUCAGGGUCCAGGGGCGGGGCCGCAGGCUCCAGGCGCUGAGAGCCGGCGGAGCACGACUGGGCCGCGGCGAGGUGCGGGCCGAAGCCAUGGGCGACCGCGGAGGCGCGGGGAGCUCUCGGCGUCGGAGGACCGGCUCGCGGGUUUCCGUCCAGGGUGGUAGUGGGCCCAAGGUAGACGAAGAGGAGGUACAAGACGUGGCUGGGAGCCCCGACUCGGGCGCCGGGGGUGACGCGCCGGCUCCGGCUCCGGCUCCGGCUCCAGCCCAUACCCGGGACAAAGACGGGCAGACCCGCGUGGGCGACGGCUACGGGGAUCUGAGGUGCCAUCGUCUGCAAGAUUCUUUGUUCAGCUCAGACAGUGGUUUCAGCAAUUAUCGUGGUAUCCUGAAUUGGUGUGUGGUGAUGCUGAUCCUGAGUAAUGCAAGGUUAUUUUUAGAGAACCUUAUCAAGUAUGGCAUCCUGGUGGAUCCCAUCCAGGUGGUGUCUCUGUUUCUGAAGGACCCCUACAGCUGGCCUGGCCCAUGCCUGAUUAUUGCAUCCAAUAUUUUUGUUGUGGCUGCAUUUCAGAUUGAGAAGCGCCUGGCAGUGGGUGCCCUGACAGAGCAGAUGGGGCUACUGCUGCAUGUGGCUAACCUGGCCACAAUCCUCUGCUUCCCAGCAUCUGUGGCCUUACUGGUUGAGUCUAUCACUCCAGUGGGUUCCGUGUUUGCUCUGGGAUCAUACUCCAUCAUCUUCCUCAAGCUUUUUUCCUACCGGGAUGUCAACCUGUGGUGUCGCCAGGGAAAGGCCAAGGCCAAAGCUGUUUCUACAGGGAAAAAGGUCAGUGGGGCGGCUGCCCAGCAAACUGUGAGCUAUCCAGACAACCUGACCUACCGAGAUCUCUAUUACUUCAUCUUUGCUCCUACUUUGUGUUAUGAACUCAACUUUCCUCGAUCCCCCCGAAUACGAAAGCGCUUUCUGCUACGACGGGUUCUUGAGAUGCUCUUUUUCACCCAGCUUCAAGUGGGGCUGAUCCAACAGUGGAUGGUCCCUACUAUCCAGAACUCCAUGAAGCCCUUCAAGGAUAUGGACUAUUCACGGAUCAUUGAGCGGCUCCUGAAGCUGGCGGUCCCCAACCAUCUGAUUUGGCUUAUCUUCUUCUAUUGGCUUUUCCACUCCUGUCUCAACGCUGUGGCAGAGCUUAUGCAGUUUGGAGACCGCGAGUUCUACAGGGACUGGUGGAAUGCUGAGUCUGUCACCUACUUUUGGCAGAACUGGAAUAUCCCCGUGCACAAGUGGUGCAUCAGACACUUCUACAAGCCUAUGCUCAGACUGGGCAGCAACAAAUGGAUGGCCAGGACAGGGGUAUUUUUUGCCUCAGCCUUCUUCCAUGAGUACCUAGUGAGCGUUCCCCUGCGGAUGUUCCGCCUCUGGGCAUUCACAGCCAUGAUGGCCCAGGUCCCACUGGCCUGGAUUGUGGGCCGCUUCUUCCAAGGGAACUAUGGCAAUGCAGCUGUGUGGGUGACACUCAUCAUUGGGCAACCGGUGGCUGUGCUCAUGUAUGUCCACGACUACUACGUGCUCAACUAUGAUGCCCCAGUGGGGGUCUGAGCUACUGCCAAAGGCCAGCCCUCCCUAACCUGGGCCUGGAGUUCUGGAGGGGUUCCUGGCUGCCUGCACACUCCUCCUAGUCUGGGAGGCCUCUCUGCCCCUAUGGGGCCUACUCCUGCUCUUGGGGAUGGCACCUGAGUCCAGCUGGUAUGAGCCAGUGCUGGGAGUCUGUGCUGUCCAGGGGCUGAGGAUAUCAAUAAAGUGCUAUCUAAAAACCUUCCAACA